AUGAGGCGUGGCUAUCGCGGCGGCAACAUAAGACUCCCUGGAGUCGAGAUCACACCAACAGUGGCUUGCAGCAUAGGCUAUAGGAGGGCCAUACCGCCUGACCCCAUCCCAGACCGCAGAGCUGAUUACCUAAUUCAAUGUUGUUGUUUUUACCUUUGCAGUGGACUUACUGUAAAGGGGAGCUCUGUAGGCUGGAAUCAAACUCAUCAUUGCAAGCUACUAGAUUGGUUGGCACCUGAUCAAUCGCAACUUUGCCGGAGAAACCUCGAGCUGAUGCACAGUAUUGUCCAAGCCGCCAAAUUGACCAAAAAUACCUGUCAGAACACCUUCAAUGACAUGCGAUGGAACUGUUCAUCUGUUGAAAAAGCCCCUCGUUUUACACCAGAUUUGGCAAAAGGCACCAGGGAGUCCGCAUUUGUGUUUUCGCUAGCGGCUGCUUUAGUGAGUCAUUCCAUUGCCAGAGCCUGCUCGUCUGGAGAGCUCCCCAGUUGCUCGUGCGCCCCAGCCCCUGCUGAACAGGCCGGGCCCGACUUCAUAUGGGGAGGAUGCGGUGAUAACCUGCGCUACGGUCUCCAAAUGGGAUCUGCCUUUUCUGAUGCACCGAUGAGAAACAGCAGAUCUGGCUCUCAGGCGUUCAGACUCAUGCACUUGCACAAUAAUGCAGUUGGAAGACAGGCACUUAUUGAUGCUCAAGAGACAAAAUGCAAAUGCCACGGGGUGUCCGGGUCCUGCUCUGUCAAAACAUGUUGGAAGGGCCUCCAUGAUAUUAACCACAUUGCCGUGGACCUCAAAUCCAAGUACCUGUCUGCCACGAAGGUGAUCCAUCGUCAUGUUGGGACAAGGAAGCAGUUGGUCCCUAGAGAGUUGAACGUUCGACCAGUGAGAGAGAGUGAGUUGGUCUACCUGGUCAGCUCUCCAGAUUACUGCACACACAAUGAGAAGCAUGGCUCACUCGGCACACAGGACAGACAAUGCAAUAAGACAUCCAAUGACAGUGGGAGUUGCAAUCUCAUGUGCUGUGGUCGUGGCUACAAUGCCUACACUGAGAGAAUUGUGGAGAGAUGCCAGUGCAAGUACCACUGGUGCUGCUAUGUCACCUGCAAGAGGUGUGAAAGGACAGCGGAGAGAUAUAUAUGCAAAUGA